ACUGAGCAUGUUCGUGCCCGCCAGCCAGGGCCGCAGCCACAGCCGCAGAGACAGCAGCCUGGAGAGCCACCGCGCAUUAUGCAAAACGGCAGCAGAUGUGAGCCGGGCCAGCUGGGCGCUCCUAGGCCUCCGCUCCCAACGGCUGGCCCAGCUACCGGACUUGUCCGGGAGUCUUCCCUGGCCCUCUCCUGGGCGGAGAUGGCCUGAGUGCCCCCCGGCGCGGCGGCGCAGAAGCGGUAUUGCAGCAUGGGGAACCAGGAUGGGAAGCUGAAGAGGAGCGCAGGUGAUGCCUCCCACGAAGGUGGUGGCGGAGCAGCGGAGGAUGCUGUGGGGCCCAGGGAUGCGGAAACCACAAAGAAGGGGAGCGGGAGCAAGAAGGCUCUGGGCAAGCACGGCAAAGGGGGAGGGGGCGGCGGGGAGACCAGCAAGAAGAAGAGCAAGUCGGAUUCUAGAGCCUCGGUGUUUUCCAACCUGCGGAUCAGAAAGAACCUGACCAAGGGAAAAGGAGCCAGCGAUUCCCGGGAGGAUGUGCUGGACUCACAGGCCCUGCAGAUCGGGGAGCUGGACAGCGCUCACUCCAUAGUCACCAAGACCCCAGACCUCAGCCUCUCUGCGGAGGAGACCGGCCUAUCGGAUACCGAGCUUGCGGACCCAUUCGAGGUGAUCCACCCAGAUGGUCCUAGGCCGGCUGCGGCUAGGGUAGGGACCCAGGCGAUUGCGGAGGAUUUGGAAACCGCUGUGGGAGCGCAGGAUGGACAAAGGACCAGUUCAGGCUCCGACACGGACAUCUAUAGCUUCCACUCGGCUACGGAGCAAGAGGAUUUGCUCUCAGAUAUACAGCAGGCAAUUCGCCUGCAGCAACAGCAGCAGCAGAAGCUGCAGCUCCAGGACUCCGAGGAGGAGCCUGCAGCGCCCCCCACUGCUGUCUCCCCUCAGCCCGGCGCCUUCCUGGGCCUGGACCGGUUCUUGCUGGGAUCCAGCAGCCAGGCUAGCGAGGACACGGAACAGGCACUGUCCGCGCACUCCGACUUGUCUGAGACCACCAAGUCCCCGGUACCUGAGCAUCCUCCAUCCCCUGGAGGACGUUUCGCCUCCGAGGCACCCGGUUUCGCAACCGCGGAGUCGGCAGCCACAGACUCUUUCUCAUCCCCAGCCUUCGCCUUUCCUGAGGCUGGACCAGCGGAGGUCGCAGCCGGAGCCCCAGUGUCAGGCGCUGGGGACACGGAUGAGGAGGGCGAGGAAGAUGCUUUUGAGGAUGCUCCCCGAGGCUCUCCGGGGGACGAAUGGGGCCCAGAAGUGGGAGAAACCGGGCAGAGGCUGGACGAACAGCUGGAGGUGGGGACCCGAGGCCCCGGGGUCCCUGCAGAUUCCUCCCUGCCUGGCAGUCCGGCCCCCAGUCCACGCUGCUUCAAACCUUAUCCCCUCAUCACCCCCUGCUACAUCAAGACCACCACCCGGCAGCUCAGCUCGCCCAAUCACUCCCCGUCUCAGUCCCCCAGCCAGAGCCCCAGGGUUAAGAAGCGACCGGAGCCCUCGGUGAGCCGGAGCCCCAGAACUGCCUUGGCCUCUGCCGUGGGCCCCGCCAAGAAGCACCGGUUGGAGGGCGGCCUCGCCGGCGGCCUCAGUCGCUCUGCGGACUGGACGGAGGAGCUGGGCGUCCGCACACCUGGAAAGGGAGGCUCCGGACCCCCGCUGGGGCGCAGGGCCACUGUGGACGACAAUAGUGGAGGGUCCCCGGCGCUGGCCGCCAAGGCAUCUGGGGCGCCAGCGACUGCUGAGGGCUUCCAGAACGUGUUCACAGGGCGAACUCUGUUGGAGAAGCUGUUCAGCCAGCAGGAAAACGGGCCUCCAGAAGAAGCAGAAAAAUUUUGCUCACGGAUCAUUGCCAUGGGUCUUCUACUUCCUUUUAGUGACUGCUUCAGGGAACCGUGUAAUCAGAACGCUGGGUCAAGUUCAGCCCCGUUUGAUCAAGAUCAACUUUAUACCUGGGCUGCAGUUAGCCAACCCACACAUUCGAUGGAUUACAACGAGGGGCAAUUUCCCAGGAGAGCACCGCCCACGUGGCCACUUUCCAGACUUCCCGAUGAAGAGCAGAGUCCCAAGGAUGUUGACACAGAACUUCAAUCCUCUAUUUUGGAAAGCCCGAAAAAAUGUUCAAAUGCUGUCCAACAGGAAGUUUUUGAUGUACAGUCUGAAGGACAGGCAACUGUAAUUCAGCAAUUGGAACAGACCAUUGAGGAUCUGAGAACCAAAAUAGCUGAACUAGAGAAGCAGUACCCUGCUUUAGACUUGGAGGGGCCCCGAGGCCCUCCGGGCAUUGAGAAUGGAGCCUCUGAAAACGCCGGUCUAGAAGCUCUCAGAUUACUUGGGAAGGACCCACAGCCUCAAAGGACUCUUCAGGCAAAAUCAAUACAGACCUCCCCCACAGAAGAGGGUGGCAUCCUCACCCUACCAUCUCUAAAGGCACCGCCAGAGGGUCCCCCAUGCCCACCCAGGGCUGAAAAUGGAGAUUCCACUGUCCCAGCUUCACCCUCUGGACCUCAGACAAAAUUCUGUUCAGAGAUUUCUUUGAUUGUAUCUCCAAGGCGAAUAUCAGUGCAGCUCGAUGCCGUACACAGUGCAUCACAACCUCUACCGCCUCCAUCCCUUCCAGGAUCUGAUGUUCAGAGGCAGCCUGGGUCCCAGCCCUCCCACUUUUCUUUUCAAACUGAGUUUGAAACCAGUCAUGAACAUUGUAUUUCCUCUGCAAACAGCUGUACAAUCCCACCUGCACCACCUCUGCCUUGGACAGAGUCCUCCAGCUCCAUGCCUGGUCUGGGCAUGGCAACUCCCUCAGCUCCCUGUCUUUCUGACAUAAUAGUGCCUCCUAUACCCAGUACAACAACCCUACUAACUACCCCCCCACUGGGAACCGAAAUGCUGCCACCUCCUCCUCUACCCCCUCCUCUCCCUGGACUGGGAAUACCUCCUCCCCCUCCUCUCACUGGACUGGGAAUACCUCCUCCCCCUCCUCUCCCUGGAGAGGGGAUACCUCCUCCUCCCCCACUCCCUGGAGAGGGGAUACCUCCUCCUCCCCACCUCCCUGGAGAGGGGAUACCUCCUCCUCCCCCUCUCCCUGGAGUGGGUAUUCCUCCUCCUCCCCCCCUCCCUGGAGUGGGGAUUCCUCCUCCUCCCCCUCUCCCUGGAGUGGGGAUACCGCCUCCUCCCCCUCUCCCUGGAGUGGGGAUUCCUCCUCCUCCCCCUCUCCCUGGAGUGGGGAUUCCUCCUCCUCCCCCUCUCCCUGGAGUGGGGAUUCCUCCUCCUCCCCCUCUCCCUGGAGUGGGGAUUCCUCCUCCUCCCCCUCUCCCUGGAGUGGGUAUUCCUCCUCCUCCCCCCCUCCCUGGAGUGGGGAUUCCUCCUCCUCCCCCUCUCCCUGGAGUGGGGAUACCGCCUCCUCCCCCUCUCCCUGGAGUGGGGAUUCCACCCCCAGCCCCACCUCCCCCAGGGGCAGGCAUCCCUCCACCCCCUCCACCCCCUCCACCACCUCUAUUGCCUGGAUCAGGUCCUUCACUCUCCUCACAAGAUGGGAGUAGCACUUUACCAGCACCCCAAGUGUGUGGAUUUCUCCUUCCUCCAUUGCCAACUGGCUUUUUUGGAUUAGGGAUGAGUCAGGACAGAGGGGCUAGGAAGCAGCCCAUCGAGCCCUGCAGGCCAAUGAAGCCUCUCUAUUGGACAAGAAUUCAACUCCAUAGUAAAAGAGAAUCCAGCCCUUCACUUAUUUGGGAAAAAAUUGAAGAGCCAUCCAUAGAUUGUCAUGAAUUCGAAGAAUUAUUUUCUAAAACUGCUGUAAAGGAAAGGAAGAAACCCAUUUCUGACACAAUCUCCAAAACAAAGGCUAAACAAGUUGUCAAGUUACUGAGCAACAAAAGAUCACAAGCAGUAGGAAUUUUAAUGUCUAGUCUUCAUUUAGACAUGAAAGACAUACAACAUGCUGUUGUGAACUUGGACAACUCUGUGGUUGACCUGGAGACACUUCAAGCUCUUUAUGAGAAUAGAGCACAGUCAGAUGAACUGGAAAAAAUUGAAAAGCACAGUCGAUCCUCCAAAGACAAGGAAAAUGCCAAGUCUCUGGACAAGCCUGAACAAUUCCUGUAUGAGCUGUCAUUAAUCCCCAACUUCUCAGAGCGAGUCUUUUGCAUCCUGUUUCAGUCAACCUUUUCAGAGAGCAUUUGCUCAAUUCGUCGCAAACUGGAGUUACUGCAGAAACUAUGUGAGACGUUAAAAAAUGGCCCAGGUGUUAUGCAGGUCUUGGGCUUGGUUCUUGCCUUUGGCAACUACAUGAAUGCUGGAAAUAAGACUCGGGGCCAGGCAGAUGGCUUUGGAUUAGACAUACUCCCCAAGCUGAAAGAUGUGAAAAGCAGUGACAACAGCAGAAGCCUUCUGUCCUAUAUUGUCUCAUAUUAUCUUCGGAAUUUUGAUGAGGAUGCUGGAAAGGAGCAGUGUGUCUUUCCACUGGCAGAACCUCAGGAGCUGUUCCAGGCCUCCCAGAUGAAGUUUGAAGACUUUCAGAAAGAUCUCAGAAAACUCAAAAAAGACCUGAAAGCCUGUGAGGUGGAAGCGGGGAAAGUGUACCAGGUUUCCUCCGAAGAACACAUGCAGCCUUUCAAAGAAAACAUGGAGCGGUUCAUUAGUCAAGCUAAAAUUGACCAAGAAUCACAAGAGACUGCCCUGACAGAGACUCAUAAAUGCUUUUUGGAGACCACAGCUUACUACUUCAUGAAACCAAAACUUGGAGAGAAGGAGGUGUCCCCAAAUGUUUUCUUCAGUAUCUGGCAUGAAUUCAGCUCUGACUUUAAAGACUUUUGGAAGAAAGAGAACAAACUGAUUCUGCAAGAGAGAGUUAAAGAAGCUGAAGAAGUGUGUAGGCAGAAAAAAGGAAAAUCGCUUUAUAAAAUAAAACCGAGACAUGACUCUGGAAUUAAAGCAAAGAUAAGCAUGAAAACCUGAGCCCCGGAGUUGACGGGCGUCAUCACAGCAACUUCCACAGUGUUCACCUGACCUGAGACUGGGAAGGAAACCUCAUUUUCCUCUUAACCUCCUGCAUAAACUUCAUAUUUUCUAGACACUUGGUUACUUGUUGAAUUUUACUGUAUGCUCAUUUAAAAAUGCAAAAAGCAGUAGAGCUGUGGAGAAUUGGGCUCCUUUUCUUUUUGUAAAAGUUUAUGAUAUUAUACCAACAGACCCAAGCAGCAUGUCUAGGAAGCAGUAUCUGCAUUAAUUCUGAACAUGCUAAACCUUAACCUACAGUUUACUUUAGUGAGAUUCUCUUCAUCAUUACAACAGAACACUUCCUUCCUAUGGACAACCAGAACUGCACAGCAGUGUGUUUAAACUUAUGGGUAAAUGUUAUUUCUGGUGAACUGUGUCUAUUUCACAUUCACUUACAUACUUUCUGUUUUAAGACGUAAGUACCAUUUAUAUGUCAUGAUCAAUGCUUUCCCAACUCUUAAGUUGCUUUCCAUAAUAUGUCCCUGGGAACCCUAGGAAAACUUGUCUGCAGCAGAGGUAAAUGAAGUCAGAAGAUAGGCCUCUGUUUCAUAUACUAUGAUACUUCAUAAAGAAUGUUUCACUCGAUAUUUUCAAUGAAUUUAAAUAAAUGAUGCUUGUGAAAAUGUCAAAGUUAUUUUUUGAUGACUAGUUAUCAUAAAAAUAGAAAAGAAAAUAAAUGGAUGAAUCAAAGCUACCUAGACUUGUUACAUAAUAUACCUCCCUGAGUACUGUGGCAUGAUCGGGUUGUCAUCGUGUGGCACAGCAGGUGAUUUGUGGUUGUGACAUGAGGAUGAAUCCUUCUCUGAAGGACUCUUGGAAAGGAUUUUACUCAUUCUACUUUCAGGAAAAAUAGGUAAGUUUCCCACUCGGAGGCUCCUUUGAACGGCUCAUAAUGCAUUAUGGAGGUUUUGUAUAACAUUAAUAGUUUUUCUUUUUUUAAAUUGCUGCUAAUAAUAUUGGUUGAGAUUUACAGUUGUAGAAAAAGGGGAGAAUUUAUUGCUAUUGCAAACCAGUUAUGGAAGGCAACUUAAAAGAUAAAUAAUGUUCUAAAUCAUAACUAUACUUGUAUUUAUGUAAAGAAUGAACUCUUGCCUUUUAGUUUGUAUCUUAAGUGCAAAGCAACAGUAGUGGUUUCAUGGUCCUCUGUUGUUUUGUAAUCUUCUGGUCCCUCUGUCCUUCCAAUGUGUACAUUACCAUUCUUCAAUGAAGUAAUAGGGCAUUUAACAAAGAUCGCUAUGUGCAAUACUGUAUUUAGUGUUUCUAUUUCAA